CCGUUCUCUCUUUUGCAAUAGCGAGGAAAGAGAAACACAUUCCCCGUUCUCUCCUUUGCAAUAGCGAGGAAAGCAAAGCUACAACCAAGAGAGUACAUCCCUGAAGUUUGGGAUUUUGCUGUAUUGGUAACAAUGGCCAGAAAAAAUAACAUUUCAACCAUCGAUUUGCCACCUAAGUACCCAAAGCCAAUUGGAAGUUCGAUGAUGAACCGAAUCCAAAGUAGCUCAUCAUCAUCAUCAACAUUUCUCAACAUUAUCGAGCUUCCAAUGGAUAUGAAUACAUAUUUAUCACAUUAUGAAGCAGAUCAUAAUCAUAUAUAUCCAUCGUUUGGAUUAAUGAGUGGUACAAUCAAUAAACUCGCCGCUGACAUUAGUAUGGUACCACAAGGAGUAGUUGGGGAUCCCAACAACAAUGGCAUCAAAGAUAUCAUAUUGCUCUCCGAUGAUGAUGGUGAUGAUAAUCAUAUUAUUCCAUCCCUACUAGAUUUCAUCAACAAUCCUAGACAGAUUGACUACAAAUUGAAUCGUAAAAUUGAUCCUAAAGUGGAUCCAAAAAAGAAAAAACGGAUCUUAUCAAAUCGAAUAUCUGCACAAAAAUAUAGGAUGCGAAAGGUGGAAUAUGUUGCUCAACUUGAGCAAAGAGUGAAUGCAUUACAAACAGAAGUAGCUUUGUUGAUCUCGCAAGUCUCUAAAUAUGAUCUCAAAUUUUGUGAACUUGUUAUUGAAAACCACAACAUGAGCGAAAGAAUGGACGAACUUACAAGUUUGAAACAAUCUGAGGAAGUUCAAUCUGUGAUCUUGACUGAAGAGAGAGAUUGGCUGAACGACCUCCUUCGAGAACAACAACAAGUGUUAUUGCAGACACUACCAUCAAUGUCAUUUCAGGAUCUCCUUGAAUGGCCAUAGAUUCUUAAACUCCACCAGAUGCAAGAAACUCGAUCAUCAUUUCCUUCAAAAACAUAACCUACUUUAUUUGGUCAUUGUUCAGCGUACCAUAGUAUUCCCUUUAUCAUCUUGUUUAAUUGCAUUAUGUUCAUCAUUAAUUAUGGCACUUCUUCGAUAUUUCUUUUAUUAUUAAUUGUUCUUGUUCUUCUUA